AAAAAAAAAAAAAAAAAAAAAAAAAAAAAAUGUCUUCCACUACUACUAUAAGCGAUGAUAUAAUGACACUAUCAUCGUAUGCAGCAAUUAUCAAUGAAACUUUACCCCAUAAUCCUGAACUUCAGCUGUGUAUCAAUGAUCUUGUUCAUCCUACAGAAUCUGCUGAAACAUUACUAGAAACAUUAUCCAACGAACAACUGAAUAUUAUUGAGCAAGCAGUGAAUAAAAUCAAGGAACGCAAACUCAAUACCAUCAAAGAUCAAGGUGUGGAUACUACAAGUACACAGACUACUAGCAGCAGUAAUAAUACGCCCAUGCUAUCAGCAGUUUCGACAUGCACACCUAAUUCGCCGAUGGAGCAUGGCUCAUCUGUCUCAUCUAGUUCAAUAAAAGUAGAAGAAGCUCCCUGGAAUUCCACUGCAACACAAGUUGCCAAAGCACUAGCGGAUGCUAUAUCAACCACUGGAACAACAACAAAUAAAUCAUCGUCAUUACAACCAAAUACAACAACAAAUAAAUGUGUAUCUUCCAACUCAAAAUCCAUACCAUCCACUACUACUACCACCACCACCACUACUACUACUAAUACAACUACUACUACUACUUCUACGGUAGCCAAGCCACCGACCACUCCUUCUCCAUUUUUAUCUAGCCAUGAACCUACCACUGAACUCAAAGAAGGCAUCGAAUGGGUUAGCUUUGUUUAUUCACAUCAUCGUACAUUACGUCGAUACUGUAUACGAACAGAUCUCGAUCAAGUGGAUACAAGCAUAUUGGACGAUAAAUUUAAAAAAGAAAACUGCGUUUAUCCUAGAGCAAACCUACCCAGAGAAACCUAUCGAGGUAAUCGAUGGGCAUAUGAAACUGAAUGUAAUGUACUUGGUUGGAAACUUGCAUAUCUCAAUCUGGAAGAAAUUGCAGGAAAGAGAGGAUUGAUCCAACGAGCAGUGGAUUCCUAUCGAAACAGAUAUCCCAGUAUGCGAUCACGUAGAGUAGCUCGACAAGAAAAGUUAUUAAAAGGCACCUUACGUAAAAGAAAGCACCGUGAUAACGAAGACGGGUUACCCCAAAAGACGCCAAAGACCAGUCACGAUACCGUGGAAAAAGCACCUAAAACUAUUCUGAUUGAAGAUGCCAACAUCAAGUGUCGUAUCCGUAUCAACAUUGAAUCCGUUGUAUUGGAUGCCAUUGAUGUGGCCUUUCGAAAGAACAAUUGCGUGUUCCCCAGAGCCAUGCAUAUUACUUCAGACACGCCUUGUGUCACACAACGUAGAUUGGAUGAAGCAAAAUGCAACGAAAUUGGCUGGAAAUUGGCCUGGUUAAACCCUCGACAAUUAGCAAACAAAAAGAAUCUGCUACAACGUGCUUUGGAUACAUUUAGAAAUCAGUUCACAGUGGAUUUAAAACCACGUAAAUAUGCUUCUCGAAUUCCACCACAACCUUACGUACCUCCACCUCCAUCCCCCAUCGUUGCUAUUAAGCAAGAAGGAGAGGAUUAUUUACCCUUAACCGUAGAGACACUGGCUGAAUUUGAUUCGACUACUACCACUACUACAUCUACCAGUACCAAAAGAUCUCGCAGAGACUCAAAUCAAUCAUGCUAUUCAGGCACCACCGUUACGCUUGACUUUAACGACUAUUGCUUCUCUCCACCGGCAGAAGAAGAAGAGGGAGAGGUCAUUCCGUUUCAUGGCACCAUGUUUGAUGAUUUAAUAUUGGCCACUUUGCCUCUAAAUAUUGAUGAUGUCUUGAGUGAAGGUAGCUCCACCAGUCAAAACCUCUCUUCUUCAUACCAAAACACGCCCAGCCCUCAAUCACUCAUGACCUUUUAUCAACAAGCCUUGCUACUAAAAGAAAACGAUCCUUCCUUAUUUAUGAUGGAGAAUGAGAAUAACGAAACCGUCUCUUCCUCAGCAAAUGUAGUGGAUUUCAUGACUAAAUAUCAAAGUGUCGUCAAUGCAGGCAUGGGCGAUUUUACUGCCGACCCCGCCUUACUCAACCAAUUAUUCUAACACUCUUAACAAAAAAAAAAAAAAAAAAAUCCUGUAUCAUAUUGUAUCAUAAAAAAAUAAAUAAAAAAAAAUCACGUGUGGAAUUCUUUA